AUGGGGAACGACAGCUCGCGGGAUAUACCACCUCGCGCCCCGUCGCCGUCACAGCAUGAAGCACCGUCCAGCAAGCCCGUCGACGUGCCUGCGCCCGCCAAUGACAGCCACCCCCGCUACGACACUAUACAUUCAGAGCCCGCCGUGUCCUCGGCAGAGGCCUACUAUGUCCCACCCUCGCAGUCUCAGUUCAGUCGCCCGCCGCGCCUCCCGCUGCCCAUUGAAGAGGAGGUGCACACGCCUGGCUCCCCCAUCAUCUCCCCCGCCGACUUCACGACCCCGCUCGACCCCAUAGAUGUCGAUGGAAUAUUACCGCGUCGGACAUCGGUCCUCAGCAACACUACAGUGGAUGACGAUGAUGUGGGCGAUGGAAUCACGGGCUUGGAGGGUGAGCCUGGCCAACAGGCAGUGCCUACUCUCAUUGAGUGGAUAGGCGAGGGCGAGAAAGUAUACGUGACGGGCACGUUCGCAGCCUGGGAUAAGAAAUAUCGGCUACAUCGAGGGGGCCCCAGUCCACAUAAAGAUGCUCUGUCUGCGAUUAUUCCCCUCAACCCAGGGACUCAUCACCUCAAGUUCAUCGUUGACGGCGAUAUGCGACUAUCCGACAACCUUCCGACAGCCGUUGACUUUACCAACAUCCUGGUCAAUUACAUCGAAGUCUCACCUGACGAUCUUCCACAAGCUGAGGACGCAGUGACCCCAGCUGUAGAGCUGCCCGAACCCACGCCUGUCACAGAACUCAAAGCCCCGGACGGCAUCUACCCGCCUCAGGUCUUACCCCUGGAGUCAGAGACGCAGCUCUCUGAGCCGAAGUCGCCAAUGCCACCUGUGUCUGAGCCCCACCCACCCAGUCAGGUUGUCCCAGUGGCACCCUCAUCGCCCAAGCAUUAUCACCAAACAAUACCCCGGUAUCUGGCGGACUUGGAUUUGCCCGAAGAUUCGUCGAGACAAUCUCGUGCUAACGCAGCAGUCAGCAAUCUUCCAACGCCACCUUCGCUUCCUGGAUUUCUCGGGAAGAGUAUUUUGAAUGUUCCCACCCCGAUGAAGGACGACAGCAGUGUGUUGGUAAUGCCAAACCACACUGUCCUCAACCAUCUAUCGACCAGUAGCAUCAAGAACAACGUCUUGGCUACGAGUGCUACAACUAGGUAUAAGCGCAAGUUCUUGACUACGAUCAUGUAUAAGCCAACGAAUGCUGGGGGAGACUAA